GCAGUUAGCUCGCUAGCGGUUUCCUAAAUUAGAGAGUAGAGAAAAGAUAAUUCCAGGGUACAAACUAGUGUUGGAAAUACUAAACACGAAUAUUUAACCCCUUCUGUAAUUACUUCGAGGAUUGCAGGAAGGAAGUCAUAGAAAUGGAGCAUUUUGAACCUGAAAUUGCUGAAAUAGUCACGAAAUACUUGCACAAUGGACGCAUUAACCUUUGUGCAGAUACGGUAAUGGAUAUCUUCCAAAUGGCCAUUUUCCUACAACUGGAUGAGUUGUCGAUAAUUUGCGCUGGGUUCAUGCAAGACUCCGUGAAUUUGACCAACUGCAUUGCAUUCUGGAAAUUUGCAGAAUUCUACUCUAGGCAUCCAUUACAGAUCUAUCUUCAAAGGUUUAUAUGCAAUUCUUUGAAUGAUGUGAUGACGACAACCGAUUUCCUGGAGUUGGAGCUGGAAAAUAUAAAGCGUUUACUCAGUGAUGUCAGAUUGAGAUACUCCGAAGUUCCUAAUCGUUAUGAGAUGAUCUACUCAGCUUUAAUGCAGUGGAUCAGACAUAAUCUGAUCCAGCGGCGACCGCACUUAGGAAGCCUCCUGCAGUUAGUAAGACCCGAGGAGAUAAGCAGAGAUUUCUUUGAGGAAAUAGUUCUAGACAACAAAUUGAUGUUAGAAAGUAUCGCUGCUAGCCACUGGCUGGUAGAAAAUUUCAACUUUUAGGAGAAAUCAGAAAUAAUGGACGAUAGUAACUGAUUUUAUAUGUUUAAUGUUGGUACGUAACCUAUUAUGUAUGGAUUAUCAUAAAAAGAAAUCUUUUAAUAAUUUAAAAUCUCAAUGUGAGUAUAAUUGAUUAAUCUCGAAAUCAAUGAUAAAAUGCAUGUUCAAGAAAAAAGAA